AUGGAUAUUGCAAAGCCCGAAUUGCGAACUGCUCAGUCAGAUUUCAACUCAGCAAUGGUGAGCGAUGAUGCACCUGAAGCAUCGCUGCCAGGAGCUCAUGAAGCUGAUGCUAGAGCUUCUCCCGCUAUCCCGCCUGGACCAUUCACAACCUCCUUCUUCAGUUACGAAGAAUCAAGAUUGGAAAAUAUUAGUUUUCACAGUUUUGACAGGCUUUCACCAAAUAUUUCGAUGCCACCGCUCAGCGUGUUAAGUAUGUUUUUUUUUAACCAGUAA